AUGGCACACGCCUUCUUCCAGGAGGUAAUCGAAAUGAUCCGUAGUACCAUACAAGAGUGGGACACAUCAACCUGGCAGCAGGUCGGUCAUGCCUACGAAGGCCACACUGACACUAUCCACGCCAUUGCCAUUCAUCCCGCUGGCACCCUCGUUGCUUCUGCAUCUCAUUACAACCAUGUUCGUCUCUGGCGGCUCUCAGAUCAACGAACUAUCGCCGUAUUCCAGCGUUCAUCCGCCAUGGAAUGUGUCACAUUCUCUGUGGACGGUAAGCACAUCCUCAGUGGAGGCUUCAUCUCCAAAGGCCUCGCUCUCUGCGGGAAAGGUCGCACCCAGGAAGCAAGGGUAGCAUUCGACGUCGCAUCCAUGUUCACCAACCAUGAUUCAGAAAUCAACCAAUUUCUUCUCUUGAUCAAGGCCAUCGCACUAUUUAAUGCAGAUCAACACGAAGAAGCGAUGGUGCUCAUCAAAGACCUGGCUGCCGCUUGUCCCAAUGUCGACCCUCUUGCGCGUCGUGUCGUGAAAGUGAGUGUCAUAUGGCCACACUCGGUCAUUAAUCCUGAUCUUUUCAACUCGCACAAUAGACAUAUCUACGUGUUCAGCUCGGAAUAA